CUGCUGCUGCACGUGUGUGUGUGUGUGUGAGAGAGAGGGGGAAGCAUGUGUGUGUUUAUUAACGCUCAGGUUUAGGGUCACUCUCUCAGCAUUCAUCAACAUGAGCAGGACUACCUUUUUUGAGGUAGAGAUUCUGGACGCCAAAACUAAGAAGCAGCUUUGCUUCCUGGACAAGGUGGAGCCCAAUUCAACUGUCGCAGAUAUCAAGCAUCUCUUCCACAAAUCUUAUCCUAACUGGUAUCCAGCAAGACAAGCCCUGAAGCUCGAUUCCAAGGGCCGAACCCUCAGAGACGAUGAUAUUCUACAGAGUCUUCCAGUGGGGACGACCGCCACCAUGUACUUCAGAGACCUGGGACCUCAGUUUGGCUGGACAAUGGUCUUUGUGGCUGAGUACUUUGGACCACUUGUUGUUUACCUCCUUUUUUACUCUCGACUUCCAUACAUUUACGCGCACAGAUACACCUUCACGACCAGUCCUCAUCCUGUAGUCACGCUCGCGUGCGUCUGCCACUCCUUCCACUACAUCAAGAGGCUGAUAGAGACGAUAUUUGUGCAUCGUUUCUCCCACGGGACUUUGCCUCUGAGGACCAUAGUCAGGAACUGUAUGUACUACUGGGGUUUCUCAGCCUGGCUGGCCUAUUACAUCAACCACCCGCUCUACACGCCGCCAUCGUUUGGCAACAUCCAGGUGAACUCAGCGCUACUCAUGUUUGUGAUGUGUGAAGUGGGGAACUUCUCCAUUCACCUGACUCUGAAUAGACUCCGAACAGAUGGAACCAGAGGAAGGCGGUUCCCUGUCCCAUCGAAGAAUCCGUUCACAUGGCUGUUUUUAUUUGUGUCCUGCCCAAAUUACACGUACGAGGUUGGAGCUUGGGUUGGGUUUUCCAUCAUGACUCAGUGUUUGCCAGUUGCCUUGUACACAUUCCUGGGCUUCAUCCAGAUGAGCAUUUGGGCCCGAGGGAAGCACCGGGCCUACAGCAGAGAAUUCAAGGACUACCCCAGCCUCCGUAUGGCUAUCAUCCCCCUCAUUCUGUGACUUGCUGCCACUCUACGGGAAACAUGGUUAAUUGACAGUGUGUAUUGUAGGAUUUUGGGGGGAAUAUUUGAUGGAUGUCUUCAACCCUCAGGUCUUCAAUGAGUCACAUUACAAGAUGAUUCAAGGAAGAACAUUUUAUUUGCUGUCGGAGACAUCACAGUGCAAAAAUCCAUUGAAAGCAGCGCCGCAAAAACAAUAAAGGAAAAUGAGACUGGCGAAUCAAGUUGCUAUCAAAGCAGCUGAAGAUUUUGCACAAGUUUAUAAGUUUAAGUUUAUUAGCAGGAUGUCAACGUGAAAGAUGUCUUAAUAAAGUGCUAGCUCACUAGUACUGUGCCUCAAUCAUGUCCAACAUAAAGGCAAAACUGUUUGUUUGCUUGGCAUCUGAAGCAAAUUAACAGACCAAACUUGUCAUGACUCCUGGUACUAGAUCAAAAACGCUGCUCAGUUGAGAUUCAUUUAAUGCCAUUGUGUUUUUACGAAUUCAGAAAAUACUUAAACAGCAUCUUAUUUAGGAAGUGUACCCCUUCAGGCACUCAGCAAUGUAGAUAAGGAUUUUACUGUACUGUAUUUCUCUUUAGCAUAGAUGAAAGUGAACCACAUCAAUAGUGC